AAACACUAACAAAACAUUCACCAACAAAUAUUUAACUGCAGCAUUGGAGUUUAUGACAUAGAAAUGGUCAAAAAUGUAAAUAAACCUUUAUUACUGCUGAUAUUACUACAGUUUACAGACAUGGCAGCCAUAUUGGAUUUUGUGUCAGGGUUGGAGAGAAAUCUGAACUUUCUUCUGGACAAGCUUUGAGUGUAAAUGUCUGGACUUUUGGGGAACCAACUUUUCUCCAACUAUUAUCAGACUGAAAAGACUGUUUUGGGGGGAAAUUUUCAUUUUGAGGCAGCAGGAAUAGGGGUCUCAAAACUUUCCAAUAUAAAGUUUUAAGAAAACUUAAACUUAUUUCUCAAACUGAAGUUGCUUCAAGUAGUAAUUACUUCUGUUAAAGACCCAAUGUUAUUCAAAAACUGUUUAUUUUAUGUAUUUAUAAUUAUUUUUGGUUGUUUUUUGCACCCGGUCUGAAUUAUUUUGAUGCUUCUUUUAUUUUGUUUUCAUGUUGUUUAUUCCUCUUGCAGAAAAUAAACAACAGCUGAAACUUCCUUUGAAUGGAGAAUGUAAGAUUUACGUUCAAAUUUAAGUUGCAAUUUGUCGCAGCUGCAUGUCCGUCCUCUCUUAAUCACAACUAAAUACCAUUUUCUACGUUUUUCUUUUCCCAAAAGGCAGAGAAUAUGUUUAGUCGAACUUGUUAUUGACCUUUCAGCUGUAUCGAUCCAAAACAAAGAUGGAGGACGGCCUGUUCAAAGAGGAAUGCUGCUUCUUCUUCUUCUUUUUUGGUCAUGAAUGGGUAGAAAAGUAGCUUUAUUCAGCUCCUUUCCCUCCUUGCUGUGCCAACCCUGCCCCCCAGCACACAAUUACAAUGCAGGACCCCACCCCCGCCAACACACACAUCAUUAACGCACAUUAACACACAAACUCCCCGCCUGCCCCCUGAAGCAUUCAGACAGGAGGGGGUGGGUUUCCCCAGCUACUUAAACAGAUUCCAGCAGAUGGUUGAGGAACUUUCCUGCACUGCACUGCAGUCAACGGACCGAGGCUUUAUCAAUCCAGAACCAGAAAACUUUUUAAAAAAUCAACCCCGUCAAGACCUCUGGAACAAAAAAAACUUCUUCAAAACAAGCUGCAGAGUUCCUCCAAGCUGCCAGAAACUAGUUUAGUCUCCUGGAAAUUGAUCCGUUGCGGAUCAGACAUCAGGCUGCUUCACUUGGUGAAGAGCGUGGAGUGAAUCAUGCCGUCCGACUCCCUGACGCCUUUCCUGGAACUGGAUGAGGAGUUCUGCAAGAAUUUCUGCGGCCUGGAGGCGACAGAUGGCGCCUCCGGCGGCUCAAUGUCUCGCAGUCAGAGAGUCCUGGGCUUCCAGAGACGCCACUCCCUCUGCCCUGUGACCCUGCCAAACUCCAAGUUCAACAGCGGCUGUGAGGCCGCGGAGCCGGCCUGCUGCUGGGGCCUCGGCCUGGCCUGCAGCCAGCAGUGGAGCCGGGCGCUGCCCCGCUCCUCCCUCAGUCACAUCCCCUUCCGGGUCGACCGCUCGGUCAGCAUGAUCGAGGGGAACCUGCGGGAGGACAAAACGCUGUUGCCACCGCCGGGUCUGUCCAUCAGCAAGCCACCGCCGCCGCACAUCUCCAGCCGCUACAAAACGGAACUGUGCCGCACCUUCGAGGAGAGCGGCACCUGCAAGUACGGCGCCAAGUGCCAGUUCGCCCACGGCCUGGACGAGCUGAGGGGCCUCAGCAGGCACCCCAAGUACAAAACCGAGCCCUGCCGCACCUUCCACACCAUCGGCUUCUGUCCGUACGGCGCCCGCUGCCACUUCAUCCACAACGCCGACGAGGUGCAAGCCGCCGCGACCCACAGUCACAAGCCGCCAUUGCUGCGGCACAGCCUCAGCUUUGCGGGCUUCUCCUCUUCUUCCCACAUCUUCCAGCCGGUCCAGGAGCCUUCCUGCCUCCUCUUCACCCGGGCCUCCUCCGUCUCGCCGCCGCCCUCCUCCUCGGGGAGUCCGGAGCUGCUUUCGCCUCUCUUGCCUGAACCGGGGCCUCUCAAGCAUUGCUCGUACCCGUUCUCCGGUAUCGGCGACGGCGGAGACUCUUCUCUCUGCUUCUUCGCCUCCAGCAACCAGAACCUCCCGGUUCGGCUCCCCCAGCAGCCGCCGGCCUGCCUGAACAGCUUCCCCUCGCUGCAGCGCUGCUCCUCCGCCGACUCCCUCUCCGAGGAGGGCUACACCUCCUCCUGCUCCCUCAGCUCCUCCUCCAGCGGCACCGAGUCUCCCAGCUUCGAGGGUCGGCGACUCCCCAUCUUCAGCCGCCUCUCCGUCUCAGACGAGUAGGGAGAAGUUUUGCUUUGAGGCUGAGUUCGAUCAGGGGUGGUUUUAAAUUUACAGAGUGUAACUUUUACAAAAAAAAUAAAAUAAAAUGACGAGUAUUAGGGCCAAAUUAAAAAGAUAAUCCCCACUAGUAGACCUGCCAUGAAUGCUAGUGCUAAUCAUGACAGUUUUCCUAGAACUUUGCCAUUAGCACAUUUAGCAACAUAUACAAGUUGAUUGACAGCGCUAAGACCCUCCUCCUAGCUCUGAUUGGUUGUUUCUGACCGGGAGCGGUAGCAUUGGGAGGAAGUGGGGAAGUUGAAUCUCUUCACAGAUUAUCUCUCUCUUACAUAGAACCAGGACAUAUUAGGGCCAUAAAAAGAAAAAAUCACAUUAUUACAACUUUAUUCUUGUACGAGUUUA